AAUUAUUUCUUGUACAAACUAACAGAUCAAUAUUUAGAAUAAUGGUAAUAACAUGAGUGCUUAAAAGAAAAUACUUCGGAAUAAUUUUGGUAGAUAGCUUGACAUACAGUUCUUGGCGGUGCAGAAUCUCUUCCAAAUACUAAAAUCUUGCAGAGUGGAGAAUCAAAAGCUGAGUUAUAUCUAAAAUGGUUAAUAAGUCGGUUGCUCUUGAUGAUGUUAUCAAGGAAGCUGUUGAUUUGGAAAAUAUACCCCUUGAAGAAGUUUUUGACCAUCUUAAAUGUGCAAGAGAAGGUCUGAACUCUGAUGCAGUUCAAGAGCGGUUGGACUUGUUUGGAUACAAUAAACUUGAAGAGAAAAAGGAAAGUAAAAUUUUGAAGUUCUUGGGUUUUAUGUGGAAUCCUUUGUCAUGGGUCAUGGAAGCUGCAGCUAUCAUGGCCAUUGCUCUUGCACAUGGAGGGGGCAAGAGUGCAGACUAUCAUGAUUUUGUUGGCAUCCUGAUCCUGCUUCUAGUCAAUUCCACCAUCAGUUUCAUGGAAGAAAACAAUGCUGGCAAUGCCGCUGCUGCACUUAUGGCUCGGUUGGCGCCGAAAGCCAAGGUCCUCCGCGAUGGAAAGUGGAGUGAAGAAGAUGCUUCAGUCUUGGUGCCUGGAGACAUUAUUAGUAUUAAACUUGGUGACAUUAUUCCUGCUGAUGCACGUCUUCUGGAAGGAGAUCCGUUGAAGAUUGAUCAGUCUGCUCUUACCGGCGAAUCGCUUCCAGUAACCAAGAAUCCUGGGGAUGGAGUUUACUCAGGUUCAACAUGCAAGCAGGGUGAAAUUGAAUCAGUUGUUAUUGCAACUGGCGUUCACACCUUCUUUGGGAAGGCAGCUCAUCUUGUUGAAAACACUACACAUGUUGGACAUUUCCAGAAGGUUUUAACAGCAAUUGGAAACUUCUGCAUUUGCUCAAUAGCACUUGGGAUGAUAAUUGAAAUCAUCGUGAUAUAUGGGAUUCAAGAGAGGGGAUACCGUGUUGGUAUAGAUAACCUACUUGUUCUAUUGAUUGGCGGCAUCCCAAUUGCGAUGCCGACUGUUCUUUCUGUCACAAUGGCCAUUGGUUCCCACCGCUUGUCUCAGCAGGGUGCAAUUACAAAGAGAAUGACUGCCAUUGAAGAAAUGGCCGGAAUGGAUGUGCUCUGCAGUGACAAAACAGGAACGUUGACGCUUAACAAGCUCACAGUGGAUAAAAAUAUGAUUGAGGUUUUCACCAAAGGUGUUGACAAGGAUAUGGUUGUGCUUAUGGCUGCAAGAGCCUCAAGGUUGGAGAAUCAAGAUGCUAUUGAUUGUGCAAUUGUUUCGAUGCUAGCAGACCCUAAGGAGGCACGGGCUGGAAUUAAAGAAGUUCACUUCCUUCCAUUUAAUCCAACUGACAAAAGGACUGCACUUACAUACUUAGAUGCUGCUGGUAAAAUGCAUAGAGUCAGCAAAGGGGCACCGGAGCAGAUUCUCAAUCUGGCACAAAAUAAAUCAGAAAUAGAGAAGAAGGUACAUUCAAUAAUCGACAAGUUCGCAGAACGAGGACUUAGAUCCCUUGCGGUUGCCCGCCAGGAAGUGCCUGCUGGCACCAAAGAAAGUCCAGGUGGCCCAUGGGACUUUGUUGGGCUUCUUCCUCUUUUUGACCCUCCACGCCAUGAUAGUGCUGAAACAAUCAGAAGAGCUCUGAAUCUUGGUGUUAGUGUCAAAAUGAUUACUGGUGACCAACUUGCAAUUGCCAAGGAAACUGGAAGGAGGCUUGGAAUGGGAACAAACAUGUACCCAUCCUCAUCUCUGCUCGGCGAGGGAAAGAACGAGGCAUGUGCAUCACUUCCAAUUGAUGAGCUCAUUGAGAAAGCUGAUGGUUUUGCUGGAGUAUUCCCUGAGCAUAAGUAUGAGAUUGUAAGGAGAUUACAAGCCAGAAAGCACAUAUGCGGAAUGACUGGUGAUGGUGUGAAUGAUGCACCUGCCUUGAAGAAAGCUGACAUAGGAAUUGCUGUAGCAGAUUCUACAGAUGCUGCAAGAAGUGCCUCUGACAUAGUUCUGACAGAACCUGGGCUGAGUGUAAUUAUUAGUGCUGUCUUAACAAGUCGAGCAAUCUUCCAGAGAAUGAAAAAUUACACGAUAUAUGCAGUGUCUAUCACUAUUCGUAUUGUGCUUGGUUUUAUGUUGCUGACGGUCUUCUGGAAAUUCGACUUCCCUCCUUUCAUGGUUCUUGUCAUUGCUGUCCUUAAUGAUGGUACUAUCAUGACCAUAUCCAAAGACAGAGUCAAACCUUCUCCACUUCCUGAUAGUUGGAAGCUUACUGAAAUUUUUGCAACUGGCGUGGUCCUUGGUGGUUACAUGGCUCUAAUGACGGUCAUAUUCUUCUGGGCAGCUUACGAAACCAACUUCUUUCCGAAUCAUUUCGGUGUCAGGAACUUCAACCAGCACCAUUUUAACAUGUCAGAUGAAAAUAUUGCCAACCAGCUUGAAGAACAAUUAGCAUCAGCAGUAUAUCUUCAAGUUAGCACCAUAAGUCAGGCUUUGAUAUUUGUCACGCGCUCAAGGAGCUGGUCAUUGGUGGAACGCCCAGGACUUCUGCUUGUUGCUGCCUUCAUAAUUGCCCAAUUGGUCGCAACUGUGAUCUCGGCUACUGCAAACUGGAAAUUUGCUGGAAUCAGAAAUAUCGGUUGGGGCUGGACAGGUGUUAUUUGGUUGUACAAUAUUGUAACCUACAUGCUUCUCGAUCCUAUCAAAUUUGCUGUGCGCUAUGCUCUCAGUGGAAAAGCCUGGGGACUGGUGGUCGAGCAAAGGACUGCAUUCACAAGCAAAAAAGAUUUCGGGAAGGAGGCUCGUGAAGCAGCAUGGGCAGCUGAGCAAAGAACACUUCAUGGCCUCCAGUCUGUUGACACAAAAAUGUUUUCAGAAAAGAACACGUUUAAGGAAAUAAGUGUCAUGGCAGAAGAAGCUAAAAGGCGUGCAGAGAUUGCUAGGAUGAGGGAGCUUCACACUUUGAAAGGAAAAGUUGAGUCAUUUGCCAAGCUAAGAGGCUUGGAUAUUGAUGCCAUUAACCAGCACUACACCGUCUAGACAUGUUUAUUUGCAUUACCUUUGUAGUCCUCUUUGGCGCUUUUUCGUUCGCCCUUUUUCUCUUGUAAGUUGUACCUCGCUCGUGCUUUCAGUCGAUGGUAAUUGAAAAUAAUAAGAUAAGCUUCGAUACAACUAUAAAAUU